GUUUUUUAUUUUAUUUCUUGUCGCCAUUUUGCAAGGCUGCGUUCGGACCGAUACCCAUGGCGUCCGCGAGUAUGCCUCUACUCCAACUCAAUCCGACACGCUUCGUCGAUCGUCGUCGCCACGCGCUCGUCCUCAGCUCGUACGGACAAAAGCCCACUUGUUCCUUCCGCAACUUACGUGUCUCCCCGCCGCCGUCUCGGCCUUCGCUCAAGGCAAAAUCCGGCGGUUUCACUCGUGCUUACGUCACCGGAGCCCCUCCUAUUGUCGGAGAACCCGACCCGAGGGUUGAAGGAUCGGAAACCGAGUCCGAGAAGGAUCAACCCGCCGAUUUGGUGAGCUGGGGGCUUGUAUGGAGUUUGUUGAACCAGCACAAGCUUAGACUCGGCGUUUGCUUCCUGACUCUCGUUGGAUGCAGCACUUGCACUUUGUCUAUGCCUGUUUUUUCUGGUAGAUUCUUUGAAGUGUUGAUAGGAGCAAGACGGGAGCCACUGUGGCGGCUGCUGAGCAAAAUCGCGGUUUUGUAUGCGUUCGAGCCAAUCUUUACUAUUGCUUUUGUAACUAACAUAACUGUCAUCUGGGAGAACGUUAUGGCAGCGUUAAGAGCUCAGAUUUUCAGAAGGGUUUUGAUCCAGAAGGCCGAAUUUUUCGACAGAUAUAAGGUGGGAGAGCUUACGGGUUUGCUCACAUCCGAUCUCGGUGCUUUGAAUAACGUUGUGAAUGAGAAUAUAUCACGGGAUCGUGGUUUCAGGGCUCUUUCCGAGGUUCUAGGUACAAUAUGCAUUUUGUUUACUCUAUCGCCUCAACUUGCGCCUGUUCUGGGCCUGUUGAUCCUCGGUGUCUCGGGUUUAGUUGCUGUGUACAAGAGAUCUACUACUCAUUUUUUCAAAGCACAUGGACUGGCCCAAGCAUCAAUGUCUGAUUGUAUAAGCGAAACAUUCUCUGCGAUCCGUACUGUUCGAUCGUUUGGUGGUGAAAGACGCCAGAUGUCACUCUUCGGUGAACAGAUUCUUGCUUACCAGCGCAGUGGCUUAAAGCUCGGUACUUUCAAAUCUGUAAAUGAGUCUAUAACAAGAGUUGCUGUCUAUAUUUCUCUGCUGGCUCUUUAUUGCAUCGGUGGGAAUAAGGUUAAAACGGGUGAGCUCGCUGUUGGAACAGUUGUUUCAUUUAUCGGAUACACGUUCACUUUGACAUUUGCUGUCCAAGGACUUGUUAACACUUUUGGAGAUCUUCGUGGGACUUUUGCUGCUAUCGAGAGGAUCAAUUCCAUUUUAAACACGGUGGAAACAGACGAAGCUCUUGCCUUUGGUUUAGAAAGAGAAAUCCAUGCAAAGAAACCCCAAGAUGAAAGCAUGAGAUUGUUCUUAUUAUCUGAUGGCGCUAACGGGAAUACACGACAUCUGGAUAAUCAUUACAUGUCGGGUCUGAAAUCGAGCAGCAGUCUACGUAGCUUUGCAUGGUCUGGAGAUGUCUGUCUCGAAGAUGUGCAUUUUGCUUAUCCUUUAAGACCCGACGUUAAAGUUCUUGACGGGCUGAAUUUGACGCUAAAAUACGGGACUGUGACUGCUUUGGUCGGAUCUAGUGGUGCCGGAAAAAGUACUAUUGUACAGUUACUGGCACGUUUCUAUGAGCCGACACAAGGACGUAUCACAGUGGCCGGAGAAGAUGUCAGAACAUUUGACAAGAGCGAGUGGGCUAAGGUUGUCUCAAUUGUGAAUCAGGAACCCGUUCUCUUCUCGCUUUCUGUUGCGGAAAAUAUUGCGUAUGGUCUCCCUAACGAUUACGUAUCAAAGGAUGAUAUCAUUAAGGCAGCCAAAGCUGCCAAUGCUCAUGAGUUCAUUAUAUCACUUCCUCAGGGAUACGAUACGUUGGUUGGUGAACGUGGAGGAUUGCUAAGCGGAGGUCAGAGACAGAGAGUUGCCAUAGCUCGAGCUCUGCUCAAGAACGCUCCCAUUUUGAUUCUUGAUGAGGCGACGAGUGCGCUGGACGCAGUGAGCGAGCGGCUGGUACAAAGUGCGCUGAACCGACUGAUGAAGGGACGGACGACGUUGGUGAUCGCUCACCGUCUCAGCACCGUUCAGAACGCUCACCUCAUCGCCGUUUGCUCCGAUGGGAAGCUCAUUGAACUUGGCACUCACUCCCAGUUGCUGGCUCGAAAGGGUCAAUACGCUUCACUUGUUGGCACCCAGAGACUGGCCUUUGAGUAAAAUUAUUAUUGUUGCUCUUUCGUAUUUUGGUAAUUAUUUACAUUUUUACUGUUUUACAAAUACCACCACAAAAGGAAUGGAUCAUAGCUUUUAAGUUGAUCAGUGUUUGACCUUGUUAAGUAGUUUAGUUCAUGUUAUAUUUAUA